GCUCAGACCACCACCUCCUCCAGCAGGCCUCAUAAAAGAGGUGGCAGUUGAGCGCUAGAAACCAGAACAAGUCCUAGACCCAACAGUAGGUUGGCCAGACAGACGGUGUGAUGGCACUGAAUACUCAGAUCUGGGCUGCUUGCCUACUGGUCUUCCUCCUCACUAGCCUGACCAGUGGCUCCAUUGUCCAGCUACAGACAGGGCAGCUUGCAGAGCCCCAGCCCCACCACACAGCCGAAGCCAAGGCCAGCUUCACGCCCACACUGCAGAGGCUAAGGAGGCGAGACACCCACUUUCCCAUCUGCGUUUUCUGCUGCAACUGCUGUAAGAACAGAAAGUGUGGGUUGUGCUGCAAGACGUAGAGCCUCCUGCCCUAACCCUCGCCCUUCCUUAUUUAUUCCCAUCCUCCAACAAUUGUCUUGGAAUAAAAUGGUUGGAUCUUUUGUAUUUCAAA